AAUUUCUCUCCAAAACCAAACCAUAAAGCUUUAAAGAAGAAGAAAGGAGCAGAAGAAGAAAAGAAUUCGGUCUUCCUCCUCCUAAGUUUCUUUCUUCUUCAAUUGAUUAUUAAGUUUAUAAUCUGCUUUUUCUUCAGUUUCCGAAAUUUCCGAUUGCGGUUGGAUUUAGUGUGUUGAUUGUACGCAUUGAUCAUGAUGGAGUCACCGGAGACAGGGAGAGCAGUGGCCUUGGAAUUUCCUGUGAGUGAAGCAGCGCCGUAUCCGAGGGUGCCGUGGAGGAUUCGGAAGAGGCUUCUUGUGGAGUGCAAGACUCCGUCUACUGUUGAAGAAAUUGAAGCAAAGCUUCGGCACGCUGAUCUUCGCAGACAGGUACAAAAAGGUUCUUUGCUUCUGUUUCUAGAGAUUUUGAAUUUUAGUUCUGGUUUCAGAUUAAGCAUUUUGGCAAAGGCCCAGAUGCGACUUGCUAGGUUGGAUGAGUUACGGCAAGCAGUUAAAACUGGGCUGGAAAGGCGUUUUGAGAAUGAACGUGAGAAGCUUGGCACAAAGGUGGCAUCACGGUUUCAGCAGGCGGAGGUAAAUAGAAUGCUUAUUCUCAAGGCAUAUAGUCAAAGAAGGGCCACAAUUAAGGAGAGAUCAUCCCAGUCAUUAUUGAGAAGGAUGGCUAGAGAAAGCAAGUAUAAGGAGCGUGUGCGUGCUGCAAUUCACCAAAAGCGUGCAGCUGCAGAGAAGAAGCGACUGGGAUUGCUGGAAGCGAAGAGAGCACGAGCUAGGUUUUUACGGGUUCAGAGGGUUGCCAGCUCUGUCUCUCACCAAUGUGAGGUUGAGAGAAGCAGAAUGAGGGGGCAGUUGGAAGAUAAAUUGCAAAGGGCAAAAAGGCAAAGAGCAGAAUACCUGAGGCAGAGAGGAAGGCUACACAAUUCUGUCAGAAUGAACUGGAAUAAGAUGCACAAGCAAUCUGAUCUGCUUUCCCAGAAAUUGGCAAGCUGCUGGAGGCAGUUCAGUAAGCUAAGGAAAACUACCUUAGACUUGGCAAAGGCCUUUGAUGGAUUGAAGAUUAACAAAAGUACCGUAAAGUCUAUGCCAUUUGAGCCACUUGCCCUUUUUAUUGAAUCAAAUACUACCCUUCAAACAGCAAAAGCUUUACUUGAUCGGAUUGAAAGUCAUUUUAAAGUCUCAAGAACUGUUGGUGCCGUUAGUCAUCCACCCAGUUUGGAUAACAUUGAUCACCUUCUCAAAAGAGUUGCAACUCCUAAGAGAAGAACCACUCCCAGGAUUUCUGUGCAGAGCAGAGAGUCAAAGGGAGUGUCUUCUCUCAAGGAGCCAACUAGAAGUCCAGCUAAGCUAUCAAGAUAUCCUGUCAGAAUAGUUCUUUGUGCCUAUAUGAAAUUGGGCCAUCCGGAUGCAGUUUUCAGCAGUCAGGGGGAGCAAGAGAUAACUUUGGCAAAGUCUACGGAAGCAUUUAUUCAAGAAUUUGAGCUGUUGAUAAAUAUUAUUCUAGAGGGGCCAAUACAGAGUUCUGAUGAAGGCUCUGCCUGUGCAUUACCCAAACACCAGACCUUCAGGUCACAGCUAGCGCUGUUUGAUAAAGCAUGGUGCUCCUACCUGAAUUGCUUUGUUGUGUGGAAGGUUAAAGAUGCUCAGUCAUUGGAGGAGGAUUUGCUAAGUGCAGCUUGCCAACUUGAGCUCUCUAUGAUUCAAAAUUGCAAGCUGACUCCAAAAGGAGAUAAUUCUGAACUUAGCCAUGACAUAAAGGCUAUUCAAAAACAGGUGAUGGAAGAUCAGAAGCUUUUAAGAGAGAAAGUGCAACACUUGAGUGGAGAUGCUGGGAUUGAGCGAAUGGAAUUUGCUCUUUCUGAAACACGCUCUAAAUACUUGCAAGCAAAGGAAAAUGGUAGCCCUAUAGGAUCACCAAUAACACACAUCCUCUCUCCAAGCUCACCUAGUUCCCCAGAUGCCUCUACUGCUAGUGGAGAUAAUAUAAGUCAUGUGACUGAGAGGUUGAAUCAUGUAGUCCGCUCCCUGUUCAAGGAAGAUGGUGCUUCCCCAUCCACAGAUUCAGGUUCCUCUGUGCCUAGCAGUAGCUCCUCAGAUGCUCAGUUGGGUUCUUCUAUUGAAAAACAUCUGGUCACAGAAAAUGAAUUGAUUGUACAUGAAUUUCUCUAUAAGCAGCAUUGUGCAUUUGUUGAUCGGUUCAGUGUUGCUGAAGAAAAUCAAAGCAAUGUUAAGGCAAAGAUAAGAGAAACAAUAGAGAAGGCUUUUUGGGAUGGCAUCAUGGAAUCUAUAAGACAGGAUGAGCCCAACUAUGACCGUGUUAUUCAUCUUGUGGGUGAGGUAAGAGAUGAGAUUUGUGAGAUGGCUCCACAAAGCUGGAAAGAAGAAAUAACUGAAUCAAUGGAUCUGGAAAUUCUUUGUCAGGUGCUGAAGUCAGGUAACCUGGACAUUGAUUAUCUUGGAAAAAUUCUGGCGUUUGCUCUGGGCACUCUGCAGAAGCUCUCUUCUCCUGCAAAUGACAAUCAAAUGAGGGCCCAGCACCAGGCAUUGUUGAGAGAGUUAGCUGAGAUAUGUCAAGCAGGGGAUGAGUCAAGUCAUUCAUCUGCGGUUGCAAUGAUUAAGGGUCUACGCUUUGUCCUAGAGCAGAUUCAGGUUCUUAAGCUAGAGAUGAGCAAAGCACGUAUCAGGAUGACAGAGUGUUUGUUAAAAGGACCUGCUGGAUUGGAUUACCUUAGGAAAGCUUUUGCCAACCGUUAUGGGUCUCCCUCUAAUGCUCACACCUCUCUACCAGUGGCAAUGCGGUGGCUUUUAUCUGUAUCGAACUGCAAAGAUGAGGAAUGGAAAGAACACACAGAGUCUCUAUCAGCUUUGAUGAGGCAAGAAAGUUCAUCACAGGUCCUUAUUCAUUCUGCAACCCUUAAAACUGGUGGAAGUUUUAAUUCAACAAGUGGAAGCCAAACCCUCCAUACUUCUGCUACAAGUACUAGAGGUCAUCAAAAACCUGAAUGCAAGGGAGAAAGAGUUGAAAUGCUAGUGAGGCUUGGUUUAUUAAAAUUAGUUAGCGAAGUUUCAGGCCUCACAUCAGAGGUUUUGCCUGAAACUUUCAUUCUUAACCUCACUAGAUUGAGGGCUGUUCAGGCUGAAAUUCAGAAGAUAAUAGUAAUAGCAGCAAGCAUUCUUGUAUGUCGACAAACCUUAAUCAAUGAGCAAGUAUUGGUCAACCCAGCAGACAUGGAUAAUAUAGCGUCAAAGUGCACUGAGCAACUCUUGGAGCUCUUAGACCAUUCAGCAGACAGUAGUCUUGAAGAAAUUGUUGAAAUAAUCAGUGGAUUGUCAAGCGAUGGUGUCCAGGAGGCAGAUACUGAGAAAUUUCAAUUGAGGAGAGUCAUAAUGCUUAGGACCUUGGCAAAGAGCCUUCAAGCUGGGGAUGUAGUGUUCGAAAGGGUGUCUCAUGCUGUUUAUCUGGCUUCCAGAGGAGUCGUGCUAGGAGGCAGUAGUCCCCAAGGAAGAAAAUUAGCAGAAACUGCCCUCCAACAGGUGGGAGCUGGUUUGCUGACCCAAAGGGUGGUGGACGCUGCUGAAGUGCUGGUGGCUGCAGCUACCAUUUCUAUCAGCAUCCAUGGACCGUGGUAUGUAAACCUCACUGAUAGGAUGUGAUGGAUUUGUGAAUAUGUAAGUCAGGAAUUAAGUUAUUUCUGAGCCUGAAAAAGCUUGAAAUGUUGGCCAAAAAAUGUUUGGAGAUGGAUGGAGGAUGAUAAUCAUGUUAUGUAGAAUAAAGAAGUAUGAACGCGUAUUUCAUGGUUAAUUGGUUUCGUCCAAUAUCUCCAAAAUAAAUAGGGUUUCUUUUU